AUAAUCAGUUCCAGGUGUUAGCUGGCUGCAAAGUUGAGUCUCUGAUUGCUGGGAGCAUCCGCUGGCCAGCCCUGGUACUGCAGAUCAAAAGGCAGGUGAGUCCCACCAUUGCUGGCCAGUCCAUUCCUGACAGUACCCCCCCCCAAGGAGCGGCCUCAGGACGCUCCAAACAGUCUUAGCUGGGAAAAAUUUUCCACCGCCCGGGUCUGGUAACUGGCGGGAUAUCAAAGACUGGCACACCGGGCAGGACUCCGGGCAGUGAGCACAUCGGCGGACCCCGGGCAGGGCACAUGGGGAUGGACUCCGGCAGGGGCACAUCGGCAAGGGAACACGGGCCCCCGGGGCCCCCCCACGCGGCGGGGGGCCCCCCCGGGCGGGGGGCACAAACCCCCCGGGCGGGGGCAAGGGCCCUGGCCCCCAGGCGGGGCACUGGGCUGCCCCCCGGGGAAAAGGGGCACAUGGGGGGGGGCCGGGGCCCCCGGCGGGGCCCGGGGGGCCCC